AAUUGAAUUUUCAAAUGGAAUGAUUGAUCUUAUCAUCAUCAUUUCAUUUAUGUUGCUACGCGUGUAACGUAAUGCAAAACGGUAUGUGUAAAUAUACAAUUUCAAAUACAACCAAACAAACAAACAUCAGACAAACAUCGCUCUAUGUGGUAACAAGUUGUAUUAAAAUCAAGGACAACGGGGAUUUCACUUAUUGCCACUGGCGUUUUGAUUAAUCAAUGGUUAUAUUGAACACAUUCGUAUACGUUUUUAACAUUGUAUCCAAUAUUUUUUUUGUCGCUAUUUGAAAAUCAAACAAUAUGACUGGUCAAUUUCGAUUGUUGACAAUAAAAACAUCGAUUAUUAGAUCGUUUUCAUUUCGAUCGUAUUCGAAAAGUCAACAACAAUUUUCUAAAAUUGUUUCCAAUGCCGAAGAAGCUGUCAAAAAUAUUCCCGAUGGUUCACGAUUAAUGGUCGGUGGUUUUGGCCUAUGUGGUAUACCGGAAAACAGUAUUCGUGCUUUGGCCAAAUUGAAUAAACAACGAUUGACUGUCAUAUCGAACAAUGGUGGUAUUGAUGAUAAAGGUUUAGGUCAAUUAUUACUAAAUAAACAAUUGAAACGUAUUAUCGGUUCGUAUGUUGGUGAAAAUCGAGAAUUAGAACGACAAUAUCUGAAUGGUGAAGUGGAAAUUGAAUUCGUACCACAAGGUACGCUUGCCGAACGAAUACGAGCACGAGCGGCUGGAAUUCCUGCAUUUUUCACGCCAACUGGCCAUAAUACACAGAUUCAUCUGGGCGGUGUUCCCAUACGUUAUAAUCCGGAUAAAACGGUGGCCGAAUUAAGUCGACCGAAAGAGGAAAGAAUUUUCAAUGGGAAACCAUUCAUAAUGGAAGAAGCAUUGACAGCCGAUUAUGCAUUGAUUAAGGCAUGGAAAGCUGAUCAUGAGGGAAAUGUUGUUUUUCGUAAGACAACUGCCAACUUUAAUAUUCCAAUGUGUAAAGCAGCUGAUCAUUCGAUCGUAGAGGUGGAAGAAAUUGUCGAUGUUGGGCAAUUGAAUCCGGAACAUAUUCAUGUACCAUCAAUUUAUGUGAAAACAAUUUUCAAGGGAGAACAUUUUGAGAAACCGAUUGAAAAAAUGAUAUUCCGUGAAGAAGGUUCAGGUGGAACAUCGAAACUUGAUACGGUUCGUGAACGGAUAGCCCGACGAGCAGUUUUAGAGCUUCAAAAUGGGAUGUAUGUUAAUCUUGGUAUUGGUAUGCCUGUUUUAGUUGCAAAUUAUCUGCCCGAAAACAUGAAAAUCACAUUCCAUAGUGAGAAUGGCAUUCUAGGAAUGGGUCCAUAUCCAUUAAAAUCGGAAAUCGAUCCAGAUCUAAUAAAUGCUGCAAAAGAACCAGUAACAUCUAUUCCCGGUACAUCAUAUACAUCAUCCGAUGAAUCAUUUGCCAUUAUUCGUGGUGGUCAUCUUGAUGUGACCAUGUUGGGCGCCAUGCAGGUAUCACAAUAUGGUGAUUUAGCCAAUUGGAUGAUUCCAGGUAAACUGGUCAAAGGAAUGGGCGGUGCUAUGGAUCUAGUUUCAUCACAUGUAUCAGGAACUCGUGUUGUAGUCACAAUGGAACAUAAUAGUAAAAAUGGUGAAUCGAAAAUUGUCUCCAAAUGUUCAUUACCGUUGACUGGACAGAAUUGUGUCGAUACAAUCAUAACGGAAAAGGCCGUUUUUCGUGUCCACCCUGAAGAUGGACUAACUUUAAUCGAAAUAGCCGAUGAUCAAACUGUACAAACAGUGACCGAUGCUACUGCUGCGAACUUUAAAAUUGCUUCCGAUCUUAAACCUAUGCAACAAGUUUGAAUGAAAAAUAUUUUAUUUUUUUUAAGAAAAACCAACAAAAAAAAGAAUCAAAUCCAAACAAAAAAUGCUAAUUUCGAAAAAACAAUAAACAAGUGAUGAUUACAUAACAUUUUGUAAAA